AUGUCCCAAAAAGACACAUUCGACGACGGGGAACUUCCUCCCCCGUACACCGAAUCAGGUCCAUCAUCAGCACCAACACCAACAUAUGAACCACAACAAUCAGUAACCACCAUCUUCUCUUCCCAUCUCCAAAACCUCCCCUUACGUAUCCACUCCGUCCAAGCAGCUCGCACAUCAGCCCGCGAUCAAAGAGACAGCGAGAUCCUCACUCUUCUCGUGCCCCAUGUCGAAGAAAUGCUAUCGUCCAUCACAGCAAAGGAUCCACCUCCCAGAUUGACAGAAACAAUAUUUGUACCCGGCGACGCUGUCGGGGAAGAAUGGUUCUUUAGCGAUGAGGAUGAAUCGCGAACAGUUGUGCGUGUUAGGGAAGAUACAAAGUUGGUAGGCGAUCAGAAACGACCGCCUAAACCAGAGGUUGAACCACGUAAGGAAAAGGCCUUUGAUGAAUGGGGAAGAUGGCAAGACGACAACACCCAAGACUCGUCCUCAGACAACGUCCUAUGGUGGUUAGAUCAUGAUAUGGCCAUUCGGUUGGCAAAGUACAUAUCACCCGAAAGAGUUGAUCGACAAGUCGUCAAAGCGCAUGUCGAACAAGCCAAGAAAUCCUCAGGAUGGGGCUUUCUCAAGAAGAGCAAACCACAGGCUCCAGAACCGCCAAACCCCAAAGUACAAGAGGAAGAUCCGGUCACUAUGGUUGUUAAAGCUGAGGAGGUGACUUUCAGGAAAGAGAACGCGAUGGGGAUCUGGGAAGGAAAGACAGGAUGGGGGUUGGUGAUUAAAGUAAAGAUACGGCAGUGA